CUGCGCAAGCGUCAGUUUACAAUGGCCGUCGGAUUCAAAUGAAUGUUGUUUAUGUUUAUGAAGCGCACAAUUCUACAUGAAAAUAGUGUUGGAUUAUUAUAAAUUUGUGUCGGAUGUGACAGGAAAUGAUUCCUGUUGGUGAUCAAAGAAGAAUCACGGUGAAAAAUAGACGAUAUAUAGUUCACUCCAGUAAACAUCAUGAAGGGUAUGCCAUGUGGCCUACAAAUACAUCUUUCAAUUGGAACUCAAUGGCUGUUGGACCUAAGAAAGACUUAAUUGGGGAGCUGGCAGCAGCCAUCAAAGCUAAUACCUCAAUCCAUUAUGGAAUUUACCAUUCUCUUUUCGAGUGGUUUAACCCAAUUUAUCUUCAAGAUGAAGCUAAUGGUUAUAAAACUCAAAAUUAUGUAGACACAAAAGUUAUUCCAGCCCUAUAUGAGAUAAUUAAUACGUAUCAACCGGAUAUAAUCUGGGCGGAUGGUGAUUGGGAAGCCACCAGCACUUACUGGAGAUCAACUGAAUUUUUAGCUUGGUUGUAUAAUGACAGCCCAGUAGGAGAUACGGUUGUAACUAAUGACAGAUGGGGAAGUGACGCAAGAUGCCACCACGGUGGGUUCUUUACCUGCGAAGAUCGAUUUCAGCCGGGUGUCUUGCAAAAACGCAAGUGGGAAAACGCCAUGACUAUUGAUCGUGCUUCUUGGGGAUUUCGAAGAGAGGCAAAUUUAAAUGGUUACAUAACAACCCAAGAUAUAAUAGCAACUUUUGUGGAAACUGUCAGUUGUGGAGGAAAUAUGUUAAUGAAUAUAGGACCUACUAAAGAAGGUACAAUAACGCCCUUAUACGAAGAGAGACUUGCAGAUAUGGGGUCCUGGCUAGCAGUAAAUGGCGAUGGUAUAAAAGGAACUCAACCUUGGACAACUCAAAAUGAUACACUCACGUCUAAUGUUUGGUAUACCAAAAAAGGUACCACGGUAUAUGCCAUAACCCUGAAGUGGCCUAAUGGACUUAUUUUUAGCCUUGCUGCACCGAUGACCCAACCUGGUACAACGGUAGAACUGCUGGGGUAUCCUGGUACUUUUUCGUGGAAAGCUCGGGUUGGCAAAGGAAUCGACAUCAUGAUUCCUGAUAUUCCUUUUAACAAAAUGCCAUGCAAAUGGGCUUGGAUUUUCAAAAUAAACGGAUUGGUCAAUGUAUAUUAAUAAAAAUCUCGUUUUUAGUGGGUUUAAUUGUUUUAGCUCAUUUAGCUCGUCUUUUAGCUACUGUAUAUGGGAAAUAGAUUGUACUUUCUGAUCGGCGUUGUGUAAAUGAUAAUUAAAAGGGCGUUCUGAUGAUUUUCUCGUUUAAGAUUAUCAGUGUGUAUAAUCAAUGCUAUUUUCGAUAGUAUUUUGGUUAGAAAUGAUAAUAAAAAU